AUGAGUGCAGAAAAGCAAUUGAAAGAAGAGCUAACGGCGAACGCCUCGUCAGAGAGCGGACACGGUGCUCAUGGAUGUCCCAUGGCUAAACGAAUCAAACUAGAACCGGAAUCCACUGCUGCUGACAACGAUGGGACAGAACCCACGUGUGCCACGGAGAGAGCGGAUGAAAAUCUGCGCGAGUUCGAUGUUCUGGACGAAGUCACUGGCGACAAUUCGGAUUGCGAUUCGGAUGGAGACGGUGGCGAAAGCGAAAACCACAGCUCCGAGGACUCAGAUGUAAACUACGACGAUAUCGAGACCAUGCUAGACGAAGGGCUGCCGGAAGAACUGCGCAACUCGAACAAGCGGCAACCGUAUGAGGAACGCUUUAAGAAGGUACUCGACGAGAAGGGUCGCAAUCAUUUUGAGGUCCUACCGGAGGGUUGGGUUCAAGCGACGCAUGUAAGCGGCAUGCCACUGUAUCUCCACAAAACGACACGCGUGUGUGUCGCGUCCCGGCCCUACUUUCUCGGUCCGGGAAGCGUAAGGAAACAUGAGAUCCCUCUGAGCGCAAUUCCUUGCCUCAACUAUCGUAAAGCACUCGAAAAAGAAGAACAAUUGAAGAAAGAACUUGCAGCGGCUACGGCAGCACGAGAAGCGGCAGCCAACGAUGCUGCCAAGACUCCAAUGGCUAACGGUGCCGGCAACGGUGAAGCAUCGGACACUGGCGAAAACGGUGCAAAUGAACCGCGAGCUGGAACCGUACGCCAGCUGCACAAUCUGCAGCUGAGCAAGAUGAUCGCCGGCGCAACGACUGCGGCCGAAGCGCAAGCCAACGUAAAGUUACUUCCGCUGAAGGUGAGUGCCCAAAUCGAAACCGUGACGGAAAAUCUGAAAGCCCAAUCGCUCACGGCGGACGCCGUGGUAGAGUACUGCGCUCAGCUAUUCCACUUCAAAACGGUACGCGUGUUGCGAUUCAAAUCUUGGGCCGCACGCCGAAGGUUUACCAAGCACAGGAAACACAUCAAGAAUCUGCAACGGCCGACGCUGCCCGACGGUACGAAGCUGAUCACGUUUCCGAUGCUGAACAUGGAAGACGAGCAGGGCAAUCCGCAUGCUCGGCCGAAGAAGGAGUGGAUCAUGAAUCCGAACGGCAAAAGCUACGUCUGCAUCCUGCACGAGUACGUGCAGCACGCAUUGCGACGGCAACCGACGUACGAAUUCAAGGAGCUGGAAAACGCGGCCACACCCUACUCGGCUACGGUCACCAUUAACGACCUCAAGUACGGCACCGGUUACGGGACGAGCAAGAAGCAGGCCAAAAGCGAGGCCGCCCGCGAGACACUAGAAAUCCUAAUCCCUGACAUGAAGGACAAAAUCACCGGCAAGGAGGCCAAGAAUGCCUCGAGUGUCGGUAGCUCGCUGUCACAGUCGGCCGACUUGCGGGAACUGUCCGUGUUCGAUGAGAUCAAAAUAGAAGACCCACGCGUGGCGGAAUUUUGUGCCAAGACGACGGAACCGUCACCGCAUGCCAUCCUGCUGACCUGUCUGCAGCGUAACUUUGGGCUCGGCGAGGUGCACAUCAACUACGAGGUGAACACGAUGAAGCACCGCAAAAACGAGUUCACCAUGACGGUCGGCAAGCACACGGCGACGGUGGUGUGCAAGAACAAGCGCGACGGUAAGCAGCGCGCCUCGCAGGCCAUUCUGCAGAUUUUGCAUCCACACAUCAAAACCUGGGGCUCACUGUUGCGGCUGUACGGCAAUCGAUCGGUCAAGUCUUACAAAGAAAAGAAACAAGAAGAACAGGAGAUUACCGUGCUACAGAGCAAGGCGGCCAUUAACCAGCCCAACUUCGCCAUCCUCGAAAAGCUACGCCAAGAGAUGCAUAAAAAUUUCACCGAAAAACAAAACGUGCGUGUGAUCGGUAAAUUUUUCCCUCCGUCGGACGUCGAGUUGCCAAGCGGUUCCGCAGCGAUUCUGAAAAACGUUGAACUCUAA